AUGAGUAGUGAUAAGACUGAUAUCAUUACUGGUAUAAACGUCCAUUGUGGUUUUUUCUUAGAUUGCCUAAAGGUUAAAUAUAAAAAUCAAAUCGGAACCCCUACCGGAAAUGAACAGGGUGGAAAUGCGUAUACUAUUCGAGGUCUUGAUGAGAAGUAUAAUUAUAUAGUUGGUGUGAAUGUUCAUUUUCGUGAACGUGUUAUUAGUGGCAUUCAAUUCGUUAUGUCAGAUGGUCAAACGACUCAAAUUUUUGGAAAUGGUGAAACAAAUCAAAAAACAACAGAAAUCAAAUGUGGACCUAUAGGUUAUAAUAACGAUUUCAAAUUAGUAGGAAUUCAAAUGGCUGAAUCAAAAGCUACUGAGCAUUUUAAUCUUUGUGUUGGUCAUAUUUAUUUGAUAUUUGAGCAU